AUUCACACAACCAAUGUCAACUGAAUAAAUAAAAAGCUAAAGUUAGUUUUUUAACCACGACUCUCUCGGUUGUAAUAUUAAAGUUCGUAUCCAUAUGUGAAUGCAGCAGUGAUUUUUUAAUGAAAACCUUCACAAGAAUGCUAAAUUGUAAUAAGUGCUUCAAAAUGCCAAAUAUUAUGGUUUGCAAUAGCGAAAAGUGUUGAUAAUUGCAUUGGUGUUUCAUCAUGUCAUUGAUCAUAUCGUGCAAUUUUCAUUCUACCGCGAGCAGCUAUAAUAAAAUUUUCGCGUUCAAUGAAUGAGAAGUGAAUUUGUUAUCGUCUAGCUGAUUCAUGAUAUUUAUAUCGCGGAGAGAAACUUUUAUUGUUUUAAAAUAUUAUUUUGCCGAUAAAGCGUUUUUUUUUGCUUCGGUUGUGCGUAGGAAUAAUUUAGACUUUUGAUUAUGAAGCUUACAGAGGUGUAUAGUAGAGAAAUGUGAUUAAUGAAAAAAAAAAUGUUUAACUCAAACAGCCCAGAAUAAUAGAAUGAUAUAACUGUAAUAAUCGGUGUUGUAUAUACUCGACAUCUCUGGCGUCUACCGUCUACUAUUUGCUGUGAUGUUGUAUUGUAGGAUGUCAAGGGAAUGACUAAGGAAAUAAACCAAAAUGGUGGCGCCAAACCUUAUCGCCCGAAUAGACCACAAUGUUUUUCGAAUGUCACAGAUCGUAUUCCAGCCAGAUUAGUUCUGUACUUCCUGUCAUGGUCAGGAUUCCUUGUAUCGUUUAUGAUGCGAAAUGACAUUAAUUUUGCUCUGGUUGCAAUGGUACGAUCUCCAACCACAUCAACCAUAUUAAAUGGAAAUCACACAACGGAGACCAUUAAACAAGAAGAACUCGGUGAAUUUGACUGGUCGUCGACAGUAACAUCUGUUAUUCUCGGAUCAUUUUAUUGGUGCUAUGUCUUAUCUCAGGUUGUCGGCGGAGUAGCCACUCAAUACUUUGGUACAAAAAAUGUGUUCGGUUGGUCUCAAUUUGCCACGGCCUUAUGUAGUUUAUGCAUUCCGUUUGCAUCUUCUUUUCACUAUGGUGCGUUGAUUGCCUUACGCUUAGUACAGGGAUUUGCAUCUGGACUGACUUGGCCAGCCAUGUAUGCGAUCGUUGUGUACUGGAUACCACCAAUUGAGCGCAGUCGCUUUAUGUCGAGUUUUCAGGGAUUCAGCAUUGGCAUCGGCCUCACUUAUCCUCUUUGCGGCUUUAUCAUUUCACAUUGGGGCUGGCGAGCGGUAUUUUACACAACCGGAACCAUCGGUAUGACAUGGUGCGUAAUGUGGUAUUUCCUUGCAUUCGAUACACCGUCGUUGCAUCCGCGAAUAACCGCAUCCGAGUUGGAGUACAUCGAGCUGAACAUUGACAAAGAAAUCAAAGACGGUCGGGGUAUGACAGUGCCGUGGAAAGAAAUUUUCAAAUCGUUACCGGCCUGGGCGAUAGGUAUCACCACAUUCGGGCGUAUUUGGGUGCAUUAUACAUUUAUUAUGUACGGACCGAUGUACAUGAAAGACAUUCUGAAGUUCAGUAUCCAAGAAAAUGGCCUAUUGUCUGGAACUCCAUUCCUGUGCUCAUACAUUUCGUCGGUACUUUUCUGUUGGAUUGCCGACUAUCUGAUGACAAAGGAGUUGAUGACAUUGACGAACAUUCGGAAAAUGUUCACCGCAAUGUCACAGGUUGUGCCUGGUGUGCUGUGCCUUUUCAUUGGUUUCUUUGAUUUCAACACAGUUCCUGUGUUGGUGAUAUGGUUUUUGGCUGUGACUUUAAUUACAGCAUCGUAUGCAGGUGCUAUGGCAAGUAUUGUCGAUAUUGCACCCAAUUUGGCCGGACCGGUAUUAGCAUUUUGUCAAACGAUACACAUGACUGCAUCAUUUUUGUCACCUGUUGUAGCCGGUUUCAUCCUAACGGACAAGACCGCUCUCGAUCAGUGGCAGACCGUUUUUGGGUCGACGGCUGUGAUUGCAAUCAGUACUUACAUAAUAUUCCAAAUAUACGGGACAGCCGAAAUUCAACAUUGGAAUUAUCCUAAGACCAAAACCACCGAUGAAGAGGCUAGCAAAAUGUUACCAGCUGUAUCAACACCGACUGGAACAACGGGUACCCCGGAUACUGAAGAUUAGACGACCAACUAUAGUUGAGACAAGAGGAGAUAUAGUCUACGGUAUACUAAAUUAAUUAAUUUAUUUUUCUGCACCAAAAUUCCAUUUUCUAGAUUUAAUUUAUCGUUAAUUGUUGUUGUCCGCGAUCCGAGUUCUUAUAUCGUUUAAAAUAGUUUUAGUUUUGUAAGUGAAAUUUAUGUUGCGAUCAAAUUGUGCUUAUUUUUUCGAUUUAAAUUGAAAAUGAAAGGCUUCGAAUGUAUUCCGGCGAUUUUGUUUCGCUGUAUUAAAAGCGUAUCAUGAAUGGCUAUAAAAAUGAAGAGCUAUUGCAAUUAAGUAUCUUAAGACAUUCAACAUCCCUUUUAUCCUGAUUCUCAUAAUAUUGCUAUUUGCAGCGAAUCAUGAAUGGCGUUUAACUCUUGGACACGUAACCGCUAUUUUCUUAAACCAUUAAAACCAUUUCGGAAGUGUAUCUCUCACAUUGAAAAGUUCAGUCUUAAAAAAUGUGAAGAAUUGUUGACAAAUGCCAGUAGUUUCAAUCACAGAU